CAAAUCAUUUCAUAUUCACACUCUCAAUUUUCACAAGAUUACGGUAUUAGCCAACAACAAGGAUUUAUUCGCGAAUGUCUCGUCUCUAAAACCUCUGAUUUACGCUCAUAAAGUCGCAGAAACUCCACCAUGCCGCUUUUUACAAGCUCUUCGUCUUACGAUGCCGAAGUUGAAAAGGCGACAAGUGAAUUGAAUACCACGGAAGACUGGCAGUUGAUUAUGGAAAUAUGUGAUCGUAUUCCCCGAGAAACGACAGGCCCCAAAGAUGCACUGAGAUCAAUCAUGAAACGAGUGAAUAACAGAAAUCCUCACAUCGCCAUGCAAGCAUUAACUUUAUUAUCAGCUUGUGUAAAUAAUUGUGGUAAAGUUUUUCACUUGGAAAUCUGCUCCAGGGAAUUUGUCAGUGAAGCUAAAACUAUUCUACAGUCAAGGACACAUCCAAAAGUACUGGAAAAGUUUAAGGAAAUUAUUGUGGAAAUGAUUGGUAUCUUUAAUGAUGACUCACAAUUAAGUCUCGUUUCUACUAUGCGCGAUCAACUAGCAGCAGAUGGAGUUGAAUUUCCUUCUUCUUCCAAGUCGUCACCCAACACCAGCAGCAAGAGCAGUAAGAGCUCCAGUAGUAGCAGUCCUUCAAGAGGUUCCUCUGCACUCAGUUCCAAGGAAGAUGAAGACCUUGCCAAAGCCAUUCAGUUAUCUUUAAGAGAAGCUGAAGAAAGCAAGCCAAAAGUGAGCAGCUUGUAUCCAUCAGUGAUGGAUUCAUCUUCAUCAUAUUAUGCUCCCGUAAGAAAGAGCCAAAGUAAGAAGAAAGUCAAAGCACUUUAUGAUUUUGAAGCUGCUGAAGACAAUGAAUUGACUUUUAAAGCAGGAGACAUCAUAUCUGUCCUUGAUGACAGUGAUGCCAAUUGGUGGAAGGGGGAAAUGAGGGAUGUUACUGGACUUUUCCCUUCAAAUUUUGUAACAUCUGACCUCUCAGAGCCUAAAGCCAAGGUUGAAAAGAAAAAAAGAGUUCGAUGGGCUGAUACACCUGCUGGUAAUCAAGAACUACAAAAACAGCAAGCACCUGCUGUGAAACCAGAAAUAAAUGAAGAAAAAAUCGAGCAGUGCAUUACAAUGUUGAAGGGGGCAUGUGUUGAGAAUGAUGAUGAACAAGAAGAUACUAUCAUUGAUUUAGAAGUUGCAUGUCAGCAAAUGGAAAAAAUAGUUGACGAAAAGAUUGAAAAUAGCAAAACGAAACACCAGGAUUUGUCUUCUUUGAAUGAGCAGUAUCUUCAGGCCCUUGCACUUUAUCAGAAACUGAUGAAAGAACCUAUACCAAUACCACCAACACCUACACCUACACCUACUAUGCCUGCUGGGUAUGGUGCUUUGCCACGCAGUGCUGCUGGAGCUGGUUAUCAACAACAAACAAUGAAUGGAUAUCAACCACCACAGUAUCAACAAAUGUAUGCUCCUCAGGUACCUGCAGGCUAUUCCCAGAUUUCAUAUCCUAUGGCAGCCCAACCAUCAAUGAAUGCAGCGUACUCCAGCCAAGGUCCUGGUGUUCCAAGCUACCCAGCUGGUACCAUAACAACCACACCCUCAAUAACCCAAGGAUAUCCUCAACCCCCUCAACAGUAUGUAACACAGCAACAAAUGCACACCCCACAGCAUGGGGUACCCCAAGAAUAUGCACCCCAAGGGCCAAUGCAGCAGUAUCAACCACAGCCACAUCCUGGAGGUUAUGGCUCUUUCCAACACCAGCCCCAACAUCAAAUGGUGUACAGCCAACCACAACUAUUAUGACAUAAUGAAAUGUGAAUUCAGUAUUGCAUUAUUCUGAGGUCUCUUGCCUGCUUCAUUGAUUAUAGAGCAUCAGACAUGAAUUAAAAUUAUGAUUAAUUUGUUUUUGUACAGUGUAAAGAUAGGGUUUUAAUGUUGGGUAUAGGCUAGUAUAGGAUAACAGGAGAAUAACUAGAUCGAAGCUUUCUGUAUGUGCUAGUACCAUUGAUUAUUAGUUCUGAUUUUAUUAUAUAGAAUAUUUGUCAUGUCUAUCCAUUUGCAAGAUUUAUGGCUGCUUCAAAUAUCUAAGGCCUAGGCCAAACAUCCAACUUUCCAUGCACCGAACUCAUUAAAAACAAUGGAUAUCAGGUGAUAAUGAGGCGGCAUUCUUUGAUGUUAUUAAGUUCUUUCAGUGCAUGGAAAGUUCAAUGUUUGCCCUAGGCCUAAUUGUAUCACUAUAUUGAUAUAAUUUUAUUUAUUAGUUUAUAAUUCCUGAGAAGAAAGCUUGUAUUGUCAAUACAUUUACUCCAAGCUGUACCAUGGAAACUAGUGAAUAUCCUCAUGGUUGGCACUUUAAACAUAAUUUUGUUAGGAGAAUUUACUUACACAAUAUUGACUUUAAACAAUUGAUUCAAGUCUAGGCAUUUGGGUCUAUACAAUAGAAGGUAUAAAAACUGACCCAAAUACAACAAUAUUGUUUAAAGGCAAUAGUAUCUCCUACCCCUUGUGGUCUGUCAGAAUGCAGCUCAAUUUGGAGGACAUAACUGCAAUAGGUUUCCAAUUCUCAGGAGAUUGAAUUUCUUUUGUAUAUUGUCCCCCAAAUUGAGCUGCUUUGAUGUCACAUACAAAGAGCCUAUUUACAUGUUGCAAUAGCCUGCAACUCCCAUGCUGGAGAGCCACUAUGGAGGCUAAUCAUGCAAAUGAUAUAUUGAUAAAGUGAAUUCAUUUAAGAUAUCCUCUUACCUGUAGGCCAAAUUGUUUUGCAAAUUAAUGCUUAAUUAGUAGUUAAGAGUAUAAUUAAAUUGAUUCUUUAGGUCUUUUAUUUUGAAAAUAUAACUUUUUACAUUUCAAUUACUAAUGAGUAAUUAAGACUGCAGGCAUGUUGGAAGACAGAAACAAUGCAAUCACUUUGCUUGAGAAAGUAUUCAAUUCCUAAAAUAAAGGGGAUUCUGGUUUUUUUUUUUCCCUUCAAUCUAACAAUUGGUAGUAGACGUGAACAUGCAAAAAGCACACCUUGCCUUUGCAGUAGGACGAGUGACUUAAUUACGACCAGUUUAAUCUCUGGCCAGGCCAACAAUUUAAAACUACUAGAAUUAAAUUUAAUAAUUUUUUUGUCAUCUCA